CCACCAGCCCGCCCCGGCGCGCGGCUGUCCAGACGCCCCGGGAGCUCCGGCCGCGCGGAUCGCGCGCCCCCGCCGCUCGGCCCCCAAACUUCAGCUCCAUUUCGAGCCGUCGAGUUUAUUCCUUAAAACCAGAAACCAAGCCGCGACGCGGGGAAAGAGUCCGCGGGGGAAGGAGUAAAACCACAGCGGACCCGGAGAAGCUCCAGAGAGCAGCCUCCCUGGAGCGCCAACUCUGUGCCCGGAGCGCAGAAACCAACAAGUGAGAAGGCGCCGCGUUCCCGGGGCGCAGCGCGGGCGGCAGGAGCAGGCGCAGGAGAGAGCGGGCGCCCCCGAGCCCGAGCCCGAGCCCGAGCCCGAGCGGAUCGCGGCGGCUGCUCGGCUCCGGAUUCCUCUGCGCGGGCUGAGCGCUGGGCAGGAGGCUUCGUUUCACUCUCUUUGCGAGCGGCUGUGAGAGAAGCCGGUUCCUGAGGAAUAUGCGGCGCGCGUGGAUCUUGCUCACCUUGGGCUUCGUAGCCUGCGUGUCGGCGGAGUCGAGAGCAGAGCUGACGUCUGAUAAAGACAUGUACCUUGACAACAGUUCCAUUGAAGAUGCGUCAGGAGUGUACCCUAUUGACGACGACGACUAUGCUUCUGCUUCCGGCUCAGGAGCUGAUGAGGAUGUAGAAAGUCCAGAGCUGACGACGUCUCGACCACUGCUUCCAAAGAUACCAUUCACUAGUGUUGCUCCCAAAGUGGAAACCACGACGCUGAAGACACACGACAGGAUACCUGCUCAGACGAAGUCACCUGAAGAAAUUGAUAAAGGGGAAGUUCACCUCUCUGACACAGAAAAGAAAAUGAACCCUGCUGAAGAGAAUAAAAACGUGUAUACUGAGAAACACUCAGACAACCUGUUUAAACGCACAGAAGUCCUAGCAGCUGUCAUUGCUGGUGGAGUUAUUGGCUUCCUCUUCGCGAUUUUCCUCAUCCUGCUGUUGGUGUACCGCAUGAGAAAGAAGGACGAAGGGAGCUAUGACCUUGGAGAGCGCAAACCAUCCAGUGCUGCUUACCAGAAAGCACCUACUAAGGAGUUUUACGCAUAAAACUCCCACUUAGUGUCUCUUUUUCUGAGAUCACUGAACUUUUCAAAAUAAAGCUUUUGCAUAGAAUAAUGAAGAUCUUUGUUUUUUGUUUUUUUCAUUAAAGAGCCAUCCUGGCACUUUAAUGAUAAAAUCCCAUUGUAUUUAAAACUUUUCAUGUAUUUCUUUAGAAAGACAUAAAAUUAAAAUUUAACAUCUGCAGUGUUCUGUGAAUAGCAGUGGCAAAAUAUGUUAUGAAAACCCUUGAUGUUCAUGGAAUCGGUUAAACUUUUUAUGCGAAAAUACGAUUGUUUUGUCCUAUGGUUCAAAGAUGAAAGCUAUGUCAUUUGUGUUAGCAUGUCUCAGAUGGACCUUACCAAGUUGGUCUUACUUUGUUAAUUUAUCUGAUGUCCCCUCUUUUCUGCCCUCCCUUCUUAUCCCCUUACAAGCCAAACUGAAUCCCAUGCCUUUCUGUAGCUGUCAUGGUGCAAUUUGUCUUUGGAUGAUUCAGAUAAUAGUAAUUUAGUGUAUAUGUGAUUUUCAAAUAUGUAAACUUUAACCUCCACUUUGUGUAAAUUUUUAAAUGUCAGACUAUCCAUUUUACACUUGCUUUAUUUUUCAUUACCUGUAGCUUCAGGCAGAUUUAUAACAGCAAAUCUAUGUGUAAAAUUGGAUUAUUACUACAAAAUGUUUAGUCCAAUCUAUCUGAUCAGAUCUUCUCUUCAGAGGAUUUGAUGGAAGUUACUGACAAGCCUCAGCAAGCCCAAAGAUGCUCUCAGUAUUUUGAAAAGUUGCUGCAGAUUCCUUUGGCCACUGUUUUUGUUAAUUUCUUGCAAUUUGAAGGUACAAGGAGGGGUUUAAAGAAAAAAAGCGGUUUUCAUUUUUAAAAAUGCAUUUAAGUUGUAAACAUCCUUUUAAGCCUUUGAAGUGCCUAUGAUUCUAUGUAACUUGUCACAGACUGGUGUUGAGUAUAUAUAACAGUUUAAAAAAGUUGGUAUUUUAUAAGCACAGACAAUUCUAAUGGUAACUUUUGUAGUCUUAUGAAUAGACAUAAAUUGUAAUUUGGGAACAUAAAAACUACUGAAUAAAUCAUGUGGCCUAAUUGAAAAUGUCACUGUUAUAAAUUUUGUACAUUUUCGAUCAAAUGUACAUCUCCCCUUUGCUGAUGACCAUCUGCUCUCAAGAAUGUUGGGGUUUGAUUCUGCGUGUUCCACAGUGUCUGUAAAUCAAGACCAAAGAGCCCGUCAGUGGGGCUGUUUAUUACCAGAUUCUCGAAUUGGCCAGAGGAAAGCCGAGUGCAUUGUCCUGUGUAUAUCUUGGUACAGAUAUUGGGAGGUUGCCAGGGAAUUCCGAAGUUUGCUACCUUUGUGGGGUAGCUGGUGGCAGUAUUGAGACAGAUGUCUGCUUUUGCAAAUAACUUCUUAGACUGUAAAUUCCAAAGAACUGAAGGGGGGUUUUCCGGAAGUAGCUAUCUCAGGCUUAGUCCUGUGAAUUGAUUUACCUUGCAAAGUGUGCUGUUUGUGUUAAAAAUGAGGGCCUUGCUGCUUGGGAUCAAAAUAGCUGGAAAGAGUGAUGCCUCAGGAGGAGAGGAGGGUACCCUGCCUGGGUCCUUACUGUUCUGAACAUUUCCUUUUUACAUGUUAUUAAUUUUGUUUUAAAUUUUGAGCCCUGGAAGUAGGAAAAAGGUAGCAAAAACAGCAACUUUUUCGAUAUGUAAGCUUUUAAGAAAGUUAGAAUGCUUCAUUUAGAAAACAUUCCCUGGGAUUGCCACCGAACUCAUUUUUAAAGAAAAGUUUUAAAGCAACACUGAAGCAGUGUUUACUUAAAUUCUUAAUGGCCUUAAUUGUCAAAUCUCCUCCCCCACCACUUACAGACUCGAUUCACUUUAUUUAGAGUAAUUAAAAGGAACCGAUAGGUCCUUCAGAUACCGCGCACAAUAGCCCUCAUUACAGAGGUUAAGAAUGUAGUGGGUUUACCUCUAACUGUGCAAAGCAGAGUGAAAUUCUAUUCCUAGAACAACUUGCUUGGAAUAUCCGUGCCAGGAAAAGAAUUUUUCUGGCAAAUAUUUUGUCACUGCUGUAAAGCAAAAUAUUUGUUAAAGUGCCAAAAUAAAGUCUGUCAUGCCGAAAGUAAA